AUGGACGCACCCCAAGAAUUCCAAAUCCACAACGACUAUGUCAACCAGCCAUUUGGAUUCCGUCCUUCUUUAUCCAUUAAUCCGAGAUCGACAACUGAUUUUCCACAAAGGAUGCUGUCACAAGGACGAUCGGCUUUCACUUCGUCGGACUCGAACUUGGUGGCAUACGUGAAUGAUGCCCCGGCAGAGAGGGCACAUGACUCUCCCACUUAUACUUCCGUGGGGUUUUCAAACGAGCUAGGCGGGAAUGGAGGAUUAGGCUCAUGGACCGCCUCAUCCAACCGUGACGCCAAUGUAGAUAUCAACGAUUCCUCUCUUCAGUAUUCACCUUACAAUCCGGGCGAUGCGCAAGUGGACCAGUGGUAUGGUUCCACGUAUGUGUGUCCUCAAGGUACCUCGGCAGCACAACAAUUCUUCUCGACAAACGUAGGCGCAGGGCUUGACGCGGACUCCUGCACCUUCUUCCUGCAAGACGGCCCGCAAGAUGACCUCCCCCUCCAUUGGGAUUCCAAGAACGUGAUGGUUUACAACGUGAACCCCGGUUUCAACAAUUUCGAGCCAAGUCCCGUUUCGACCUCACUCCCCGACCUGCGCGACCAAUAUGGCCAAGUCCUUGGAGAUUCGAUCCACGUCAAUGACGAUUCUGCCUCGUUCGGAGUCUACUGGGAAAACUACGGCGCCGAAUUCAUCUCGAACACGGACGUAGAGCAUCCUGGGGACUCCGAGGGCUUUGCGAUUCGCGACAUCGCUACUGCGACUAAUUCAUCCACUGUCCAUGGAAAAAUUGCGGAUCGCCCCUUACUGACUUUUCAUACGGCGCAAUUUUCCACCACCUCAAAACGAACCAUGCCAUGGAUUGCUACCAAGACGAGAGCGGGAGGACGCGGGCGGUUUGUCGGUGCAGCGAUGAUUGCAAUGUCACAACAUUAUGGGGGAUUAACCUCGCCAAACACCUCUGUGCUGUACAUUUGA